ACAGAAUAACAGAUCGGAAUAUGAUAGGGCAAUAGACCAACAAAAUCUAGGGCACGAUCUUCCAAUCGCGUCCCAAGCUCCCAAAAUGGACGAAAUGGCCGCCUACUACCAACAUCCCCACUACCCCUACUAUCAACCACCGCCACCGGCUCCUCCUACUCAACUUGGCGCGCCACCGAUACAUUCUCAUACGGCGGAGGCGCCACCGCUACAUCACAACCACCUGGUUCAGCCAUAUCUCACUCACCCGCAGCCACCUUACGGUUCCUACGCGCCUCCUCUUGUCCUUCAGGCUUCGCACGACGAGGUCAGAACCCUUUUCGUCGCUGGGCUCCCGGAGGAUGUGAAGGCCCGCGAAAUCUACAAUCUGUUUCGGGAGUUCCCGGGUUAUGAGUCUUCGCAUCUUCGGACCCCGACCGAAACGUCUCAGCCAUUCGCUUUUGCCGUAUUCUCAGAUCAGCAGUCUGCAAUUGUGGCUAUGCAUGGACUGAAUGGCAUGGUGUUCGAUCUUGAGAAGGGGUCAACCCUAUAUAUUGAUCUAGCAAAAUCUAAUUCUAGAUCCAAGCGCCCAAGAACAGAUGAUGAAAGAUUUGGCUCAGAUAAAAAAGCUAGAGGAUCUGCUUUUCCAAGGGGCACUCCUGAUUCUGCAGGUCUUGGCAGCAUUCACAUGCCUGGAAUGGGUAAUUCUGCUUACAACACGAUUGGUUAUCCAUCUGCACAAAGUCCUGGAAAUUUUGAUGGCAGAACUGUAAAUGAGACAGCUGCAAAUUUGCAUAACCCUCCGCCGCCUGGUGUUCCACAAAAUGCACAAAAUGCCACCUCAUGUCCAACACUUUUUGUGGCUAAUUUGGGACCAACCUGUACAGAGCAAGAGCUAAUUCAAGUAUUUUCAAGAUGUCCUGGGUUUUUAAAAUUGAAGAUGCAGAACUCAUAUGGUGCUCCAGUUGCCUUUGUUGAUUUCAAGGAUACUGCCUGUUCAAGUGGAGCUAUGAAUCAUCUGCAGGGCACGAUUUUGUACUCAUCUCCAGCCGGCGAGGGCAUGCGGUUACAGUAUGCGAAAUCACGGAUGGGAAUGCGUAAGAAGUCGAGGUAAAUUAUUGCACAUACAUGACAAGGAGACAUAUGGCCAUUUGGUUGUGCGUCUCGACUACCGUAAUGCAUAUCUUACCGCAGUUUGUAUCAUUCCUCCUUGGUGGAAUUUCCUUUUGAUUAUUUGCCAACCUUUUUCAUAUUGGUAAAAUGGAUGAGAUGCGAUUCCGUGUGAUGCUACUA